CUGAGCCAUGGCUACCAAUUUCAGUGACAUCGUCAAGCAGGGUACGUGAAGAUGAAGAGCAGGAAACUUGGGAUUUACCGCCGUUGCUGGCUGGUGUUUCGGAAAUCUUCCAGCAAAGGUCCCCAGAGGUUGGAGAAAUACCCAGAUGAGAAGUCCGUGUGUUUACGAGGAAGCCCAAAGGUCACAGAGAUCAGCAACGUGAAAUGUAUCACGAGGCUGCCCAAGGAGACCAAACGCCAAGCGGUGGCAAUCAUAUUUAUGGACGACUCAGCCCGGACGUUCACCUGUGAAUCAGAACUGGAAGCCGAGGAGUGGUACAAAACGCUGUCCGUCGAAUGCCUGGGGGCACGGCUCAAUGACAUCAGCCUCGGCGAGCCAGAUCUGCUGGCGCCCGGAGUUCAGUGUGAGCAAACGGACCGGUUCAACGUCUUCCUCCUGCCCUGCCCCAACUUGGACAUCUAUGGCGAAUGCAAGUUGCAGAUCACCCAUGAAAACAUUUACCUCUGGGAUAUGCACAAUCCCCGGAUCAAGCUCGUUUCCUGGCCUUUGUGUUCCCUACGCCGCUACGGACGAGAUGCCACGCGGUUCACCUUUGAAGCUGGCCGCAGGAUGUGUGAUGCGGGGGAAGGGCUGUACACCUUCCAGACCCAGGAGGGCGAGGAGAUCUAUCAGAGAGUGCACAGUGCCACCUUAGCCAUUGCUGAACAGCACAAGCGAGUCCUGAUGGAGAUGGAGAAGAACGUGAGAUUGUUGAACAAGGGGACAGAGCAUUAUUCCUAUCCCUGCACACCUACCACCAUGUUGCCACGCAGUGCUUACUGGCAUCACAUCACCGGCUCACAGAACAUCGCCGAGUCUUCCAGCUAUGGGGGUGACACCUACCCUGGUCCCCAGGCCAGCUCAGAAACUGACCUCUUGAACCGCCUAAUCUUACUGAAGCCAAACUCUGCCAAGAGUGGGAAAAGUGACGGCAAAGACCCCACCUCAGCUACCCAGUGAGGCCGCUCAAUGCCAAGCAAGGAAAACUGUCAGGGGGCCAACUCAGGCCAAGGGACUGAGGGCUUUUCACCUGCUCCUGCCCUUCCAUGAAAGGCCCGGGGGGGUCACAUUUUGCCGCAGGGAAACAGAGCGAGCUUUGGCCCCAGGUGGCUCAAACACGAACUUUCUAGAUCCAGGAGCUGUGGACGGUCCAGCCAACGAGCCCGGCUUGGCCCAGGAUGUCAGCUGGCAUCCAGAUCUUCUGAAAAGGACGAGCUAUAUAUUAUUACAACUAUUUUCAAUAUAUCGUAUUGUUUAUGCAUAUCCUAUAUAUCCAGAGAGACCCCCCCCCCCGUCUCACCUGAAUGCACAUCUCUUGGCCAACAAAGCCAGGAUUUUAGAUGGUCGGAAGGAGGGUUCGGCCCCGGGGGCGAGGGAGGGGGGUGUCUUCCUUUCUCACAUGGGAGAAACAGCACCUUGGACAGGGCCAGGAUGAAGUCUUCCCACGUCCCUUGGGAGCCAAAGGACAGACACCGAGGGGUUGUGGGGCUGGAAGAGGGGCUGGCUUUCAGAAACAGCCUCAUUCCUCAGCCGAUCCAUGCUGCAGUCCUCAACCAGGUCUUUGGAGGCCCCCAAUAAACUUGCCUUUGAUGCAGCAACCCUGCAGGGGAAAGCAGGGCAACAAAAGAUAUCCUGGGGGACCUUUGCCAUGCCUUGGCCUGCCCUCCUUGGAAACGCAGCUUGAUCAGCAAUGCUUCCUCACAGACCCUCUCCCCCCCCCCCCCCGGAGAAGCCAGCCUCCUCUCCAGCAACGGUAGCACAACUUUCCUUCUGGCUGUGUUCUCUCCGCCGGGCUGCCAGCUCAGGACAAGAGGGGUGGGGGUGGGGCUUGAGGCCUUGGUUCUUGUUGCUGUGCCCAAAUGCUGCUCUCCUCUGGGCUAUUGGGGGGGGGGAAUCAUGAGCUGCAAGGGAUGGGCAGGAUGACCCCCCCUUUCGAACACAGUUGCUCUAUUAGAGGUCUGUUCACAUAAGGCGCAGACCCUGGCCGCUCCGGAAGGAGGGGGAUAUGGACUGGGUUUCGCUGGAAGGCUCCUUCAAUUUGGGCUUAGCGUGUGGCAUGAGCCCAGCCACCGUGGUUUGCCAAGCAGGGUUUAUAGCUUAGCAGGUACCCUCAGUCCCAUGUGGCUUAACUCAACCAACUGUGGUUCAUGUCAACCAUUGCCUCAGCACAAUGUAGAAGCCGAUGGUUGCGAAAGGGGAAGCAGCUAGGGUUGGCCUCCUUGAGUAGGGUUUGAGUAGGGGGUUGUUAGAAGAUUUCUUCUUACAUUCCAGUCGGAAAGUUUUGCCUCUCCUCAAGCCUAUCUCCUACCUCUAUCCCACUCCCCCAACAAACCCACCCCAAGGCCUGGCUAAGCUUCCAGCAGGGGCCCAUGCUGAUCACUCCCUCCUUUCUCUGUCCUCAAGGACAAACAAGCUGCGGGCCCACCGGUCAGCCCCAACCUUCUUUUGAUUGGCAGGAGAAUAUCAAUUGCUUGCUUCCAGAAGGACCUCUACUCCAAUUCCCGCCUUCUUCUUCUCUUCUUGCACAGCCGAAAAAGUUGACCCACUUUGAGCCUGUCGCCUUGACCACGGCUUGGCCUUCAGGCAGAAGCACAGUGGAGGAAGGGUCUUUCAAUGCUUGGAAGGACUCUGUUGAAGGAGCUCUCUACUGUCCUUCUUGAAAAGGCUCUCCUGAGGACACAGCCCCAUCUUCUCCCCACAUCCCAUCCCGGUACAGUUAGCCAAGGCAGUCUUCUCCAAUCUGGUGCCCUCCGGAGGUACCACUCCAAAUCUCAUAACCGCUAGCCCGUACUGCCAAAGGAUGAUGCGAUCCGACACCCCCGCGUAGAUUUGGAGGCCACCGGCUUGGGAAAGGGGCCAACUUGGUGAAAUGCUUCCACGGAGCACCUGGGUUUCCUAUGCUGAAACUUUUUUUAACAGAAGCAAUUGGUUUUCUAGUUUUACUAUUUAUUGAAUAACUUUUAGAAGGGCUAUCUUUUUAUAGUCGUACAAUCGGUAGUGUUGUUUUUUGUGUUUUUUCCUUUGUUCCUUUCUCCCUUCCCCCUCCUCUCAAUAAUGCUGGAGAUAUCUGCCCUCUCUUGUGCUCCGUAUGUGUAAAUAACCAUGUUUUGGAUCCUGUGUGUAAGUGAGAGAAGGGAGACGUUUCUAAACCAGGAGAGAGAAAACGGUGGAAAUGAACAGAGGAGACCAGCCGAUGUUCUAGCUCAGCUCCAAGUCCAGUUGGAAGUUAUUUUAACGCCAAUGUAUUGGGAGGGGAAGGGAGGGAAAAGAGACGACGGACUGCGGGAUUCAAGAGCUGCAGCGAAAGCACACAAAUGUUUUGUAACUGAUGAUUUUUUCCCCAGAUUUCCUUUGCUCUUCUUCUUCUUCCCAAGGCCAUCUGCAAAAACAAAAACACAAUUCUGAGCCUGAGAUUAAAUUAGCCACAGCCUCACCACUGCUUCAGAGUUGCCUCCUACAAUUUCUUUCGUGAAGCGGGGAGGGCGUGGCAAGAUUUCGAAACCCAGCAGA